AUGCUCCCAAAACUGUGGUCGGAUCAUGAGUACGCGCUGCUGUCAUUCUUGGAGAUGGCUCAUAUUGGUGUCAAGGGGAUUGUUAAGGAUGAGUACGUGACGGCGAAUACUGGAGAAUUUUUGGCCCCUGGGGACCAUGAGCUGACAUUUUCCGCGUAUGGCCUCGAAACGGAACAGAUGAGGCUGGUGAUUAAUGGCACGCUACUUAUCAAGAAUAUCACACUGGCUGCCUGUGGGAAAAAUGAGGACUCGAAACCGAUCAUCCGGCGAGGGCGUGGUUCCGUCAGAAUCGCGAUCGUUGGAGUUAACGAGAAGGCGUCAAAGAUCCUGCGUCAAAUGGCAGCCGAUUCGUGCACUGAUGAGACGUAUCUGGCAGAUGAUUUGUCCUUUAUCAUCGUCCCGGAUGGGCUAAAUCUACAGAAUAAAGCCAGGAUAAUCCACGACGAGUACCCGGCAGCUGUAUUGGCCGUAGCCGACGGGACGCUGGAAAGUGUAGUUUAUAGCGCUGGGGAAAAGGUUCCGAAAAUCUUCCACAAAGAAGCCCUGGAGCGGUCGCUGAAUAACGAGGUGGCCAAACUGCUCGAUGAUCUCCAAGUUCCCUCCGCCUUUCAGGUUGGCGUUGGCCUCGGCUGUGACGCUGAUGCAGUCCAAAAACAGGGAGCAGCCGUAGCUGGCAUUGCAAAGAUGCUGGAAAAGAUUCUGACCCGCGAUGCCGUCUCCGAAUUCAGCAUCCGCCCAUCCGUCAGCCCGGCCGACCACUUUUCGGCUAAUGAAGCGAAAACGGAGGCUCUAGUCUACGAGAUGGCGUCGUCGUUCUGCGAUUCCGGAGCGGCUGAUGUACAAAAUAUCUUGAAACGCUCGACCCUCCUCUUCAUGCCAGAAAUCCUCACACCCAGC